AUGGAGGGCAAUCUUUCUGUGCGAGGCAAAGCCUUUGCGGCACAGAAGCCAACCUUCCUCGACGUAUUGAGUGAUCUGUGGGCUCCGGAGGCUAACCCCGAUGGAAUUGUGAAUAUUGGUCUUGCCGAGAAUAGUCUCAUGCACGCGGAGAUGGAGAGGUUUAUCAACUCCCACUCGCAAAUCGACGCACAUGCAUUGACUUACGGAGACGGAUUCAGCGGCUCGCACAAGCUCAAAGAAGCCGUCUGCCAUUUCCUGAACAGCCAAUUUUCCCCUUGGACUGCGCUCUGCCCCUCCCACCUUGCCAUAACAUGCGGUGUCAGCAAUGCGGUUGAGUGCUGUGCCUGGGCUUUAGCCGACUUUGGCGACUACAUUCUCGUUGGGCGUCCAUAUUUCAAUGCAUUUAAGACGACGUUUGGAACACGGCCAGGAAUUGAACUCCUUGAAGUCACGUUCGCAACAACGGAUCCAUUUAGCUUGGCCGCAGUCCAACACUACGAGAAGACAUACGCCGAAGCGAAGAGCAAAGGCUUUCGCGUCAAAGCACUCCUAUUGUGUUCACCACAUAAUCCGCUUGGUGUGUUCCCAUAUCUUCCUCAUAUAAAAGUCGAUCGUUUAUUGAGAGUUCUUCUAGGACGCUGCUACCCCGAAAAUGUUCUAAGAGAGUAUAUGAAGUUCUGUACUAGAAAUGGACUUCAUCUAAUCUGUGAUGAGAUCUAUGCAAUGUCCGUCUGGGAGAAUCCUCGCCUGCCAGAUGCCCCAGGCUUCAAAUCAAUUUUGUCUUUGAAUGUCAAGGACUUGAUGGAUCCAAGCAUGGUGCAUGUUGUAUGGGGGCUAAGUAAAGAUUUUGGCGCAACAGGAUUGAGGAUUGGCUGUUUGGUUAGUCAGGCAAAUGGGCCGCUCUUGGAGGCUGCAGAUGGCAUUUCUCUCUAUAAUUUCCCAUCAAGCCUCGCAGACCAAGUUGCCACAACUGUCUUGCUAGAUGACAAAUUCACGAGAGUGUACAUCGCGACCAACCGGCAUCGUUUAGCAGAAAGCUACCGUUUUGCAACGGAUUUUCUCCGGUUCCAUCAUAUCCCCUAUGUUGAGUCCAACGCUGCAUUUUUCGUUUGGAUGAACUUGAGAGCUGCAUUGAAAGAUCGUGCGGCCACGGAUAAGGACAUUCUUGCAAGGCUUCGGAAAGAAAAGGUGUACAUUGCAGUUGGGACGGCCUAUGCCGCUGAAGAAGUGGGGUGGUUUCGAAUGGUGUUUGCACACCCGCGAAAUGUGCUGGAGGAGGGAUUGAACAGGAUGCUUCGAGCUAUUCAAUCAUAG